AUGCCGAAAGCAGCACAGAGCCCGAGUAGUGUCAACGCCGCCAACCACCCCAAUGUUCUGAAACGAAAUCAAGCAUGCCACCAAUGCCGAAGACGAAAGCUGAAAUGGUUUGGCCUCAGUCAGUCUUUGAGGCCGUGUUCGACUUGCAUUAGGUCUCAUGCUCAUGCACUUGCUCAUGCGCCCGCUGGACACCAAUUACCCCCUUAUCCCGAGUGCACCUUUGAUGAUGUUAUUGAUAGUGUGGGUCCCGGGGACGGCCCAAAAUCCCGAUACGAGAAGUUAGAACGGAGAAUCAACGAAUUGGAAGCAUUGUUACGCCAAAAAGAAAUCGCAGAAUCCAACAGUCAACUGCCGGAGUCCUCUCCCGGCCCCUCACAUUCCGGGCCAAUGCUGGUUUCGCCCAGUAUCUCUCACAGUGGCAUCAGUGUAUCAUCUCCGUUGUCUACCCCGCCCGUUACGACCAUGAAUAUCAACGCAGACGCUGGAAGUCUGCCCUCCCUUACGGAAGCCUCGACCGCCGCACAAAACGCUUAUUUCACCAGGUCGCAAGCCCAAGGCGCCUCGACAUCAGCUUCGAGCUUGAUUUACUCCACUUGGCCUACCCGCCUUCCCGAACCAGACUUACUGCGUCAUCUCGUUGAGCUUUUCUUCGUCUUCCAUCCACACAGCAAUCGGCUACUACAUGCCUCAUCUUUCUUAACGACACUAUCCUUCCCACCUCAUCACCCCAAAUUCCCAUCAACACCACUUCUACACGCAAUAUGUGCCAUCGGGAGUCUGUACACAGCAAUUGUCACUUCACCUCCACUUCCAAAUCUCAACGAGGUUGAGCCAGACGAACUGUUUUUCCAAAGGCAUCGGUUGAAAGAGUCCCGGCCCGAUUCCUUUGCAGAGGAGCAUGCCAAAAUUGCUAAAGAACUUGCAGACCGCCAGGAAAGCCUCGGAGAGGAUUUGUUUCGUGUCCUCCAAGCCCGCAUCGUCCUCACAUGGUUCUAUUGGUCACAUUCGAGGUAUGCUUUCGUUUUCGUCACGUCUGCCCACGCUCUUCGUCUCGCCGUACCGCUUGGAUUAAAUAUACUGCCUCCCUUUCAAUCAAUUACAAACGCUCUCCGCCCCGCCUCGAUCUUACCACCCGCUCGCACAGUUGUUGAAGAAGAAAUGCGCCGCAAUGCAUUCUGGCUUGCUUAUGCGAACGAACGUCUGCAUGGAUUUGGCAACGGCUGGGCAUUAUCCAUGGAUGACAACGAUGUUUGCCAAUUGCUACCUCUGAGAGGUGACCAGUUUGACCAAGGCGUCUCGGUGCCGACGGCAGAACGUCAAUGGGCCCAGAGCCAAGAUCUUCUCUUAGUUCACCUACCAAAGCAAGUUGAUUCGUUUAUACUAUAUAUCAAAGGGACCAUCAUGAUUUCUCAAGUUAAGACGUUUAAUAUGAGAUUCCGCGCAAGACAUCUGGCUGGGGACACAUCUGUUACAUCACCCUAUAAAGACACCUCGCAGCUUUCCGAGCACAUUGACCCUCGUGGCUCUCCGGCAUUCCUUGCUCUGGACGAAGUUGUGUCUACUUUUCGGGUGUCUUUCCCUCCUCAUCUCAGGUCGCCUAUAACCGAUAGCAUUGUUGACCCCGUCCUGUACACCGCUUCAUUGAUGCCACAUUGGCAAGUAUCUAACUCCAUUACAUUACAUGACCCACAUGCUGAUGUGCAACAACGUGGUUGCAUCAGUGCCCUAAAAAUCCUCACAUCGGCUCGAGCGAUUCUUGACCUCAUAUACAGCGUAUCUUCGACCAGCUUCGACAUUACGCUACUGGAACCCUUCUGCGUGUUCAGCUGGUUCAUAGGUGGAAGGGUCCUCGUCCGAUUUCUAAAAGCUGCCCAAGAAGCCAAUAGCACAGAGCAAAUAGGUACAUUACGAGCUGAAUUGGAAUUCGUUCACUAUGCGAUAGCAAAAGUGGGCGAGCGGAUUCCAAUGGCUUUCAGAUUUGCAAAGAUGCUACGCGAUCUUAUCUCAAAUCAUUGUGGAGAUUUACCACCUGUUCCGUUGACGGACAUUACAUUCCCUCGGCAUUCGCCCGAGAUGCUCGCUGGUCCGGGUGCAGAAUUGCUGCAGAUGUACGACAGACACAUUUCGAACGCUGUGCCUCCUGUUAGUCUCAAAUCCGACCUGUACGACCCCGUUUCCUACGCAUCCUUCACGCCAUAG